UCUGCUUACACACAUACUGCCAUGAUGUAAGCAUCUGCCUGGGUUUGAUUGUUUUUAUCAACAGUCUUUUGUUAAGAGGCCAAUAGAUGGACCCACAAUAAUACAUUGUGUAGAUAUUGAAAUUUUUAUGACAGCCUACAGAUUCAACCAAAAAUGUUUUCACUAACACUGGCUUAUAAAUUUAUGUAAGAAUUAUAAUUAUGCAGUUAUUUAAAUAUUAAUCUGUUUUCACUUCAUAAAUAAAUCUGAAAGUCAAUUAUAUAUCUGAAAAUGUGUACCAAUUCCCUAAUAUGCUACAGAUUUUAAAUUUUGAACCAUAAAAAACAGAUGUCAAUAUAAUGUAUAAGCUCUACUUAAAGUAUCAAAGCCUAUUAAAACUAAUUAAUAUUUGAUAUUAAUAUUAAAUGUAUAUGUAUUUCUCAUUAUAUAUAUUUCGAUAACUCGUAAAGUUACAGAAAUUGGAAAUGAUCAUGAUGCUUCAUUGUUAGAAUAAAUGUACAAGUAAAUAAAUAAUACACACAGACAUAGAGAUCAGCAAUAUUUAUUGAAUUCAGAAAUGUGUAUUAGACUUUCAUCUAAAUUUUUAAAACUUUAUAUAGUUAAAUAUAUUACUGUAAUACUCACUGGAGUCUGUAGACCAGGUGCCACAGUUGUAACACUAAGAAUUUUGAUCUCAAUAGCUAUAAAUGUCAGUCGAAAGAGAGAGAGAGCAUCAGUUAUGUUUUUAGUGAUUUUCUCAAACUAAUCAUUGUCAUCUUUAAAUUAUUGAUUGUUGGUUUGUAUUUGUUCAAAAUUUGGCAAAGCUGUGCUUUCAUAUUGCCAAGAAGUGUCUGUGGUUUUAAAGGCACUCCAGGCCAUGCUAAGUGGUCAAUUGCAGUGUUUCCAAAACUUUUUUAAAUAUGGCAGACUAGUGCACAUGUUUUGAAAUUGCAUCAGGGACUGGUAACAGAUUUAUUAAUUAUAUUUUCUUUUUAUUCGACCUUAAAUGUUGUGCGGACCGGUAGCAUAAGGCUUGCAGGCCUGCACCAGUCCAUGGGCCACCAUUUGAGAAACACUGGUCUGUUCUAUGAGCAUCAAUCUAAACAUAGCUUGUAAGGCUGGUAUGCGUUGAGCAGUUUAUCAAUGAGCUUUGCUCUAAUAUUUGCCACAUUUCUCCCUACCCCAAAGUUAAAAAAAAGUUAAAUCUAUAAGUACGGCUCUGUUUUGACUUUCAGAUUUGUGAGUACUACAUGGCCUGUAAUUGUAUUGAAAUAACCAGUACGUUAUUUUGCCAUGUUUGUUUUUAAAGGAUCCCUCUUAAAAAUCUUGUCUUCAACUUGCCUCAGAGUUUGUUUGUUGUGGGAGGACUUCUUACAUAUUUAGCUGUGCAUUCAGCGCACAUACACGACUUUUUUUUUUUUACAAUAUAGACAAUUAGUAUUUUUAAGAUGCUGUCAUUUCUAAUGGAGAUAUCUUACAAUAACAGGAGAGAUACAUUUUAGCAUGCAAAGUGCCCUAGUAAAAACCACAUUGAAAAAUAGAGUUGUUUUAAAGUAAAAAUCUGUGUCUAUUGUUUGUAACUUGUACGCUUAUUUACGCAUGUUGUUAUGUAAGAUUAACUUUUGGCACGAGUAUUACAUUUAUUUUCAAUAUCUAAGCUUACGUGCCCGGGAUUUAAAUCCAUAUUUAGCAAUAUUGUUCAAUGUUGUAUUUACACUUGUUUUCUGCAUCUUUAGCUACAAAAGAUAGCUCUUUACAAAGUGCUGUGCCAAGCUGCAUUCCUCACCCCAGGAUAAGAUACAAACUAUAUCAGCACUACAAUGAAGUUGGUUUUUGAAGAAUAUUUUCUUUACCAGUUUGAAGGUGGCUUUCUGCAUAGAAAAUACUCAUAACAUGAGAUUAUGUGUGUUUGUGUGGGUUAAUAUUUGAGCUGAUUAUGGACAGGUAUUGGUCUAUUAGCAGGGCAUGUAGUUUUUAAAAAAUGCAUGGCAGUUUUAUGCACCAAUAGGAUCAGGUUGAGUCUUUGUCAUAUUCAUUGCAUAUCAGUUGAGAAAUGUGAUAGAUUUGUGUGAAAAUAACAUUUUGUUGCACUUACAGUUUACAGGCAUGCCAGAACCACACUAAAAUAUAAUUAUAAAAUAGGUAUAUAGUAUAGGCUAUUUAGCUACGACUCUUUCUUAUUAAAUUUUAUUCAUACUUUAUAUUUCCUUUUCAAUGUUGUUUCAAUUGCUGUUCCUUUCCCUGAGUUUCACAGUGAAAUUUAUGAUUAUUCAGUUAUUGAUGAUAUACCAUGUCGAUGUAGAAAAAGUUUUUCAUAAUAUCUAUUUACCCUUUUAUUUCAAAUAUUUCUACCACUUCCUUGUCUGUAUCUUAUUUUUGUAUAAAAUGUUUUAACCCCAGAACUAUUACAAUUAUUGUUUAGCCCAAAACUAUGAUUCUGGCAAGUUAUUAUUUUCUUCUUUGUUAAGCAUUUUAUUUUAAUACAAAAGAACUAGUUCAGCGAAACCUCGACUUACGAGCUUAAUCCAUUCCAGAUUGUGGUUACAAAAGUACAAAGGCAACAAAAAUAAAUUAUGUAACUUAUACCUUUACACAUUUUAAUUUAUAAAAAUUUUAGUUACAUGAUACAUAUUAGUUUUUAAAAAAUCCUGUCCAUAGACAUCACAAAAAGAAAUAUACACAUGCAGAACACAUAUUUAAUACAACACUAAAAAUCUCUUCACUCAUUGUAUUGUUUGAUUACAUUUCUACAGGAAGAGAUAAACCAAAAAGCAAUUAUUUACAUGCAGCGUGCAUAGCUCACACCAAUCGUUGCAUCAUAUUUCAGAUAAAUGCAAUGUAGUAACAACAAACGCCACAAGUAUGGCUUGCAUGCAAAGCUUUUCAUAUCUCGAAUCUAGUUGGUAUGUAGAGGUCAGAAUGGGAUAUGAAGAAAGUUUGUAUCUCAAAAAUGUUGUGUGUAAAGCAGUUCGAAAGCUGAGGCACCUUUUAAAUUUGAUUUUGUUAAAAUAGGGGAGACUUUAUUUGGAACAUAUCUAUUAAUAAAUAUUUUUAAGAAUGAAUUUAAUUCAUGUGACUCGAUAAUAAAUUAAUAUUUUUUUGUAUUGUUUCUGUCAUUCGGUAAGACAAGAACACAGAGAGAACUACCUUGUUCUCUAAGAACUACCUUGUUCUCUAGGUUUACAAUUUUCAGAUUUAUUUAUGUAUAGCCUGAGUUAUUUUACGAAAACUACAUAUUUUUUGCAGUCGUCAACACUAGCUUACAAUUUUAUAUGAAAACCAAAAUAUUUUGUUGUUAAAAAUGUUCAAUAAACUGAUGAGCUUAUAAAAGCUAAGGAAGAUAAGAUGGUAAUAAGGGGAGAGAACCUAAUCAGGUUAGCAAAAUUGGAAAUGAGUAAAAAAAAAAAAAAAAUAAUAAUAAUAAUUAUUUUUAAAGUAUGGUUAAACAUGAAAAAAGGAACGAAAUAAAAAAAAUAAUUAAAUUUCAGGUAUAAUAAAGCUAAGGAAGAUAAGAUGGUAAUAAGGGAAAAGAACCUAAUAAGGUUAGCAAAAUUGGAAAUGAGUAAAAAAAAAAAAAAAAUAAUAAUAAUAAUUAUUUUUAAAGUAUGGUUAAACCUGAAAAAAGGAACGCAAUAAAACAAAUAAUUAAAUUUCAGGUCUAACCAUACUUUGUUUUACUCAUUUCCUAAGGAAGAUAAGGACUUUCAUGGGUUGAGACAAUGAAGAUACAGACUGUCUCAUACAGGAAGGAAGUCAUAUACUUAGACCUAUCAAGUUUAACUAUCCAUCAUCUGAUUAAACCAAUAAGUCGUCUCAGUGAUUUCUAGGUGUUCAAUCUCUUGAAUGUGUUGAGUCAUUUUUUUUUUAUUUUGCUCAUCUAAAAUCAAUCAAGAGAAGGCUACCCAGUACACACGUGUUUGUUCUUCACAUAAUUAGUAUAAUACUUCAAGUAAUCCAUUCUGUAUUAAAAUAAUUCAUGUUAAGAGUUUAUGAACCAACUCGUUAUUGCCAAUUAUGAAGUCAACGGCAGUCAGUUUUAAACUCCAUUGUUUUACAUUUCUUUAAUAGCUUUUUUUCUAAAAUACCAUUUAGACUUCAUUUUUUUGUGCAAUUUUCAAUGAAGUUCUUUAAGAAUCUUCUUUGUAAAUGACAUUUCCUAAAUCUGAUAUUCCUAUUUAUCUUUUAUGAAAUGAUUUUUGCAUUUAUGUAAUCAUGUGCUCAUAAUUGUGAACUUAGAAAUGCAUGCUGACCAUCUUAGAAAUUUAUGGCAUGUUUAUACAUAACUUUUGAUAUUGGUCUUCUUAGGAAUUUUAGCAUUUUGAGAUUAGAAUAUUUGAUGUAAAGAAAAAAAUGUUAAAUAUUUUUUUAAUAAUCAUUGGAUGCAAUUAUUGAGUAGUCUUUGCAGUUUGCUUUUGAGCUUCUUUUGUGACCCAAAUAAUGGGGGGUGUUUACAGAAAUGUAAUUAGAUUACCGGUACAUAGAUGCAGGCAUCCACCAUCCUGGCAAGUGCUUGUACUGCCUGUGUAUAUAGGACUGCCUGAAUUUUAGAUUAGUUGCCAAUCUUCUCAGGUCUUCAUCAUUGAGCUGCAUGGGUACACUUUUUCUCACCUUGAUGGGAUUUUGUUCUUCAUACCACUACAUAAAUUCUGUUAGCUUUUAAAACUUUUAGCCAAUUUUUGUGAUUCUCUGACCGUAUUUUGUACUUAGCGAUAAUAAUUUGCUGAACAGAUUAAUUAUCUCCGUUACUGGAUUUAUUUGUAACAUUCGUUCUGAUACAUGUGGCUACAAAAUACAAAAAAAAUUUUCAGGAAAUACCUAAUUGCAAACUAAAUAAAUGUACAUCUUUUUUUAAUUAGUUUUUUUUGUGUUUAUUAAAUUAAAACGACCAUAAACUUGUGAACUAGAAUUGAUUUAAUUUUUAUACUGACAGACGAGAGAAAAUGUAAAUUUAACACUCUCACUGAAUAAUAUUUUGAAGUUCUCUUUUCUUGAUGGAUUAAAAAUAUAAAAAUGUGCUUUGAGUAUCUUCCCAGUAUGUAUAUAAAAAAAUUUUUAUUUGAUUUUGAAAUUGAUCAGCCUUAGCGGAGAUUUAAAAAUUUUAAUUCAUUCUUCUUAACAAACUUCAAUUAAUGUUUAGUUUUCAUAUGUUGUAAAUUUGCCGUUUUUAAUCCAAAAAGGGAUUUGUCAUAAAAACACUGACAUGUUUUUUUUUUCAGUACGAAAAUGGAGAGUAUAUUAAGCAGUUUACCCAAUCUCCGGAUCCGUGAAAAAAUUCGUGACGAUGACACAGUUGACCAACUUCACCAUUAUGUGACUGUUUACAUGUUUGCCUCGUUUGCUCUCAUCAUUGGCCUUAAGGAAUAUGCUGGCACCCCGCUGGACUGCUGGGUCACUGCACACAACUGGAAGCAUUUCCAGGACCACGUCAAUUCGUACUGCUGGACUCACAAACUCUACCGUUACCCAAACAAAGAUAAUCUCAGUCAGGUACAGCUCUUUUUCUUACCAAUGGUAUUUCCUAAACCCCUCCACUUAAAAUAGUUUUUUAUUUUCACCAGGAGAAAUUGAAUCACCAUGGAGAAGGUUAUAGGGAUGCUCAAGUCCCUGAACAUCCAGGUGACUGUGAGAGAUGAUGACACAAUAGACCACCUCCAUCAUGUUUUCACUGUAUACCUGUUGGCAGCUUUUGGGAUCAUUGUAGGUCUCAAAGAGUACACAGAAGGUCCCCUGGACUGCUGGCUUGCAAAUUACACCAUGAAGCAUUUCCAGGAUCAUGCCAAUCAUUAUUGCUGGACUCACAAACUCUACAGCUAUCCAAACCCUGACAAUCUUUCACAGGUAGUCUGCUUUUUCCUGCAGCAGAGUUACUCCCUUUUCUGGAGCAUAAUCUCAACCCAAUUUUUUUUUUACAUAUGUUUUUUUAAAUCUUUCCAGCAUAGCUAGGCUUAGGGCAGGCCAGCCUUCAACCCUAACACUUUACUAAUGUUAGCUUGCUUUAACCCGGCAUCAGCUUUACAAUGAGACAUACUUAAGUUUUAUUUUAUUAUUAUCAAGUUGAGUACGGAAUAAAUAAAAACUCCCUAUUCAGUUUUUGCAAAAUUAGCAAAACUGCUGUGUUUUCCCUCAAAGUAAAUGUAAAUAUGAAAUACCACAUCUACAGAUCAAACUUUUCAUUUGUCUCAUUGUAUGGCAUUAAUACACAUUACCCUUUUCAUGAAAACUAUUGGAAAAUUGUACCUCAUUUUCAUUUUCCUUGGUCUCAAAGGAUGCAAUGUUUAGGCUAUUUACUUCUCUACAUUGCUGAAGCUUUAAAUUUUUAAAAAACCUUUUAAACAAUUUGAUCCAGUUAAGAAAAAAAUAUAUUUUUUUUAUAAUUAAACAAGUGCAAAAAAAACAAAAAAACAUGAAAUUACAAAACAAGAAAAUUAUAAGAUGUAGCAUGAUAUAUAUUUUUUUUUUUUUUUGCGUGGGUGAGAAUAUAUUAUUUAGCUGCUAAAAUACAAAUAAUUAAGUUCAAAUCCAGAUUUUUAAACCAAAUCCUGGAAAAGGAGAAGUUUUCUUUUGAUUGAACUAACAAACUAAAUUUUUAGAAUUCAAGCAUUCAUUUUAGUCAAACUUUUUAGUAAAAGAUAUUUUUAAAAGGCGCUGUUAUUCUCCGAUUCCAUGCCAAGUUCGUAGGCAUUCAGGAAUUUUUUGGGGUUCUUUAAAAAAAUAUCUUAAACAAUUUUCAUCUUUAACAUUUCAAAAGCUGAUUAUUUUCCCAUGUGUAACUGUCUAAGGCAAUCUCAUCCAUUCGCUGUGAAAACCAGCUGCUGUUGCCCCAUUUGAAAUGUCACAAUAUGACUUAAAUAAGCUAAAGUACAGAAUAAACGGACCAAAUUUCGCAUUGACUCACAGACCUGCUGCUCCCACCACCCAAAAAAAGAAAAAAAUACAUACUAGGUAAACAUUACACACACAAAAAAAAUUCUCCCACCUACAUCCCCCACCCCCUCCUCUCUCUUUCUUUUUUUUUCUUUGCUUUUUAUUUCUUGCUUAAGGCUUAAGCCCCUUUACUCAGAUCCAAAUCUCUAGUGUUAGUUUUCAAGAAAAGAGUACCUAAGAAAAGGGUACCUUACCUUUUCAACCUUCACAUGACUUUUGAGCCAACAUGCAGACUUUGGUGUCCUCAAUUCAGCUUCUAUGCAAUACACAUGUAUAGAAUCAUGUAGGCCUGCUUUUGGAGCUGUGGCUUACACAGCUAAGGUACGCUGAGAUUAAAAAUGUGUAUAGUGCAGCAUGGCUAAAUGACAUUUUAGGACAAAAAUAUAUUCAACAUUAAUGGCCAGUUGAAGUCGCUUAACAUUUUAACAUUUUCGCUUAAUUUUAUCUUCUUUUUUUUUUUUUAAACAAUGAGUAAUCUGCAACAUGCCUUUGCUUUAUAAACGUUACUUUUCCAUUAUACAGUGUUUAUAAACUAAUCACCAUCCGUACCAGAAAUUUGUCAUUUUACAUUUAUACAUUAUUUAUUAUACUUUCUCACGUUUUUAAAAUCCUCCUCCCCCAUCUAUCUUCCUUACCCAUAAGAACAAACUAAUACACAGUACAUCAUUUUCAAGUGUCUGAAAGGUGCAGUGCCAGAAGUUUGUUAUUUCUCAAACAUCAAUUAUUUGUUUCAAUGGCAAUUCCUAACCAGAACUAUUCAACUUAAUACUAUUGUAACAAACACAAUUUUAAAAAUUUAGAUUCAUUAAACUGUAUAUUCAAAUCUCCAAAUAUGUGUAACAUUGUGUUUAUGAAAAAUAACAUAAGAGCUUAUUGCUGCUGGUGUCUUAAGUUUUAUGGUGAAGUUACUAUUAUUCCAAGGUACAUAAUUUGUGGGAGUUUUGCUAGUAAACAUAUAAGUAAGAAAUUAACAUGUUUUCACACAAGUGUAGGUUUAAAUGUAUUGAUGUGGGCUAUUAGCUCUUAAAACUUUACAUAAAGUUCAGACAAUAUGCAUGAAAUUAUACUGUGCCUUAAAUAUUUAAUGUUUCAGACAAAGGUUUUCAUAUAAAGCUAUUCCUCUUUAAUCAGUAAACUGUGUUUGUUGUAAUAACACAAGUAUUAUGACAUGAUCAUGCAGAUGCACAGAAGCAGGGUGUUUAUUUCAAACUCACCUCAAACAAAUGUUUGGUGUAACCUGAAUAAUGCAAUCUGAUCUGUUUAAUAACUGCCUGAUGUUGAAUUGGUUGUUUUUCAAUAACAUAUAUUCAUCUUUUAUCAAUAUAAAUUACAGUUUGUGAUUGUAAUAUGUGAGGUAUAGGAACAUUUUCUGGAAUGUUAAAUAUCUCAAUUAAGUUUUGUGCUUCACGGAUUUUAAUUUUUAAAAAAAAAAAACUUUUGUGGUUAUGUUUAAGAACAUUUGGUGAAUUUUUCUUGUAAUGACAUUUGAAGAUUUUCAGAGUUAACAGACACGGAAAACUUAGGCUGUAAAAUGUUUUAUUUUUAUUUCUGCUUAAAAUGUUUUGAACAAGUAAGUGUGAUUUACAUGAUUAUAAUAAAUGUCAUUUGAUUUUUUAAAUAUCUUGAGCCUGUAUAUACAUUUUUAACCUGGUCCUUCCACGACUAAACCACAUUAAAUUUUGUAUUGUUUGACAUUCUGUUCAUUUAAGUUUUUUUAAUCUUUUAAUAUCAUUUAGGUUCCAUAUGACCUGAGCCCGGAUCAUGGGGGUCCUAUGAAUUCCACUGUUUUGGGAGUAACUAAAGAAUUGGGGGAGAUCAACUUCUACAGAUGGAUUACUGUGAUUUUCUUGGUGCAGGUGAUUUGAAUUGUGUUGGGCUUGUUUCAUAUUCAAUUUAACUCCAUUAUGAUUACAGUUACUGAAUGUUCUUUACAGCUUACCAAGUCUUGGCUUCUAUUUGAAAAACUGCAUUUACAAGCCAGUCAUAAGUGGGGUAUCUGAAAUUUAGCACAACACUGCCAUUCCAUCAAGUGGGAACUUCAUUUCAAGUGAUGAUUUUACAGUUAAACUAUAACCAUUGCUGCAUUUCAAUAAUGGAGUCAUUUAGCUGGCAAAUGAGACAAUAAAAUGAUAAACAUUGACAAUCAAAGGUUCCAAACAAUGCAUGGUUGUCAAUUACACAAGAUUUAUUCUUUUAUUUCCGUUAUAUUUCCCAACUAGUUCUAACUUCUAGGCUGAGUUGGGUUGUUGUUUUUUUUUUUUAUAAUUACUAGAAGCUCUUUAUAUCCUCUCUUUUUGUUGUAACCUAAAUUAUUCAAAUACCAAGAAAUAAUAGUGAGAUUUUCUUUCAUUUUUUUCCCUAGGCGCUCAUGUUCAAACUGCCCAAUGUUGUGUGGAAUGAGUGUAAUGAAUACUCUGGAACCCAAAUAGAAAAAAUGGUUACCAUGAUUGCUGAUAGUUCCUUUGAUUCAACUGACAAAAAGAACAAUAUUUUUGCAAGUGUAGCAGAGUUCCUUGAAACAUGGCUCAAAAUAAACCGCAAACCUUUCUGGUUCAUGAAGAGCAGAGUUGGGGCACAGAGCAAGAAGGUUUCUAUGAUCUUUUUAUUGUUGACGAAUAAUUGUAUGGUUUUUGGUGGGGUUUUUUUUUCAUUUCAAGAGGCUUUUAUCUCUCUAAAGAGUUUGUUAAUCAAAACAAAGUUUUAUUACCAUUACUCAUGAUUAACUGAAGUUUGGGAUCUGGUUGAAAAAAGAUUGGCUUUUUAAAAAAAAGACUCUCUUCUUUAUUCCCAUCUUUUCUUUGUAACAUUAAUUAAAAUUUGUAUAAAUUUCUCAGAUUCUCAGGUACUGGAUGCUUUGUAUGGGGGCAAACACAGGAAAUUACCUAUCCACUAUGUACCUGGUGGUCAAAGCCCUGUUCCUGUUUAAUGUCAUCCUCCAGUUUAUCAUGCUGACAGCCUUUUUGGACUUCAAUUAUUGGCAUUAUGGUGCCAGAGCUUUAGAGGUGAGUGCCGCUCGAUAUAUUUUCAUUAUAAACAUUGCAUCAAGAAGGCUAAACAUGAUUUACAGACGAUCAUAAAGUAAUGAUAAAAUAUAUCAAAACUUAAGAAGCACUCUUAAUGCUAUGAUGUUGUUGUUUUUUUUAUUUUGUUGUUUUUUUAAGGUUUAUUUGAUGUACUACACUUCAAAACUAUUUAUUUCAUUAAACAUCCUUAAUUUGAUUACUGUUUUGAUUUGACCAACUAUAUCCUUCUAGGUAUUUAUAUUGAAAAUAAAGGGCUUUCCGAAACCUUUUUUUUUAUAUUAAUGUAGAUUUUUUUUUAGUUCAUUGAGUGCUAAUUUUUAAUUAGUUUUUGUGAGGUAAAAAUAUAAAAUUUGCAUUACUAAAUGUUUAUGAGAUUCCAACUUGAACAGAAUUUUAAGAAUUUAAUAAAUGUAAUAUUAAUAUGAUGGUUGGGUAUAGCCUGGUUUUGAAUUUCCAAUUUUUCUUGAUAUAAAGUAGCUGGUUGUUUCUCCAUAACAUAUUGCCGAACUUGGUGUCAAGAAGCCAUUUUUUAUUUGAUAAUUUGGGUUGUGUACCAUAGUAAAAUAAUUAAGCCAGAUACCAGAUAAGAGAACCACUAUACGCGAGACCCUUUUGGGUAAUAGAUUUGCGUUUUUAGUUCUGAUUUAACCUAAUGGAUCUUCUACCAGAUUUACCACCAGAGCAGAUCAACUCAGGAUCGCACACACUUCCCCAGGGUGGCGCUCUGUCAUUUCCAGGCCCGUGGGCAGGGUAGUUGGAUUCAGUGUCUGUUGACUAUCAACAUGUUGUUGGAGAAGCUCUUCAUUGUAGAGUGGUUCUGGAUGAUGCUACUUCUUGUCUUGACAACAUACAGUCUCUUUAGUGAGUCUUCCUUUUUAAGUUUUUAAAUUUUUUUUGAAAGUUUCUCUUGUGUAUAUAUUAUAAAUUACUUUCUUAACAAGUGAAAAUAUUUGACAUCAGCAUUUUGAGUAAAGUAUUAAUUUUUUCAUGUUUUCAAUCACUUUUACCUUUUUUGCUGUGAAUAAUAUUUAUAGAACUUGGAAGUGAGAAGUACAAGAAUAUUUUAAAGCAAUCUAGAGACCCGCUUGAAGAUACAAGUUUUUAUUUUAUCCUCACCUAAUAACUAGUAAUAUCUUUCCCGCAUUAAAUAAGCUUGUCAUUUACUUAAUAUAAAUUGGAGAAAGUGAAAUCUUUUUUUAAAAGCUCUACUUUUAGAUAACGUGAUUUUACUUGUUUUUUUUCAUGUGAUUCAUCUCUGUUUUGUUUCUAGAAUGGGUUACCAGAAUACUUCGAACUGGGCAAUCAGUGAAGUUUAUUGUAAAGUAUUUAUCAGUCUUCAAUGAUGAUGGCACUUUGCCACAGGUAAUUAGCAAACUUAUUUGUAAAUCAAUAGUUAUUUUAAUGUUCAAUUUAUAAAGUCAUUUAUUUAGGAUCUGCACUGCUAAAACAAAGUUUGUUUGUAACUUUUUGUAAUUUUUUAAUUUAGAAUGAUGUUAUGUUUAUUUUUAAAAAGUCUUGUUUUCAAUGCAUUUUCAGAUAAUGUUCCUUGAUUUUUUUUAAAACUGUAAUAAUUUGAAAAUAUUACUUUUUGAAUCCUGGUGUCCAAAUCUCAAGUCGACCCGCACUAAAUUGUAUCUUUUUCCAGGACGGCAGACGAACUGUCCUGACCUUUGUCCGGGAUUACUUGGGUAAUGAUGGAGUCUUCCUGCUUCGCAUCCUUGCCUUAAACACAAAUGAUGUAGUGAUGUCCGAGCUGAUCUGUAGUGUUUGGAAGCGUUACAUAGAUUAUAAUAAUGUGGCCAUUAAACCAGAGCCAGUGAAAGAGCCGGAGCCUUCAAUAGACAUGACACUUGAUGAGAUAGAGAUGGAUCCUCUUGUGUCUGAGAAAGAAGCAUUGCACUUGAAUGACACAAAUGAUACCAAUGAUCUUCACAUUGCCUAAUAAAAUCCUAAGAGUCAAAAUUUCAGAUUUUAUCACUGUUUUGAAAGAUUAUGUAUAUUUUAUAUCUCGAUGCUAUUAAACGUUGUUUGUGUGUAAUUAUUUAUGAUAUAGCUGCUUGUAAGGUUGUCGUUUAUGUGGAAGAUGUUGUAAAGAUUUUUUUAAAUGUCAGAUGAUUUCCAUCCCACUAAUUGGCAAGAAACAAAUAUUAAAGUAGGCAGUGUAGAGUUUCAAUGAGCAUAACUAUUGCUCAGGUUGUUGAAAUUUUUCUUAUUCUUGAAGUUUGAUGCACAUUUGUUUGAAGUAUAAAAUUUUAUUUCAAUGGAAUUUUGAAAAUAAUUCUAUUUAUCGCUAAGAGAAACAUUGAAAGCUUAAAACUUAUCAAAUUAUUCCUCAGCUCAUCAAGAUUGGGAAUUAAUUUCCCUUAAUUUUAUUACUUGGCUAAGAGAUUUGCAGCAGUUCAAUCCACAUUUACGAUUCCUUAUUUUAGCAUCAUACAAUCAUUUAUUGACCCCUCAAAAUGGAAAAUUUUGAGACUUGUUUUUGAUGAUGAUAUUCUUACUGUAACUGAACUCGUGGUAUUUUUUUUAUGGCUCACCUUUCACCUUGAUCUUAUGUAAAGUGUUGGCUUUAUUUUAUCAUUUUGAAUGUCCUUUUGGUGCUGAGAUUAUAUUUCUUACUGAAUAUUAGUCCCUUAGCCAGAGCUAAGCACAAGCUUUAACAUUUUAGUUUCUGUCUUUCAUUGAAAGUUUCAAUAAUUGUAAUUGAAAGAAAGACAUCCAAAAUUACUUUUUAAACUUUUAAAUAACAUAGACUACUUUUCAUAGUUAUCUGUUUUUUUUCUGCAUUAAUUAUUAAUAGAAAGUUCAUGAUUUAGAAGAUCAAAUUAAAACCAUUCUCAUUAUUAUAUAUUACUUAUAUAAAAAUAAAAAUUAUUAAUUUUAAUGAUAAAAUCAUUUUAAAAAAUCUCGAGGUUGAUUAAGAGGCGUGUUUUCUUUUUUUAUUAACCGCAACUUACACAUUAGAUGGUCUGAGCCAAGAUAAUAGACUGUAAUAGAAAUAAGACUUUGGUAAAUAAAUUUACAUCUUGUUGUCAAAGAACGACUAAUUAAACAAUGGAGAUAGUAUAUUAUUCAUUUAUAUUUGUACACACUUACAUUUUUCCUAGAUAUAUUAACUAGAUGCAUUGACUUUGUUUGAGAUUAAAUAUGUUGUUUAUACUUAUACAAUGGGUUGAUGCAAGGUAUCUGGAUGCGUCGAGUUUUUCUCCUCCUGUGCUUUUGAUCAUUUUCAUUUUAUCACACCUAAACACUUCUUAUUUUUAUAGUAGCAUAUACUUCAAGAAAGGUUGUUAAAAAAAAAUUUGAAACAUUGUACACCUAUAAAAUAUUUUAGAAUUUCAUAAUAUAUUAAUGUACAACCUUAAAAUUUUUGGCUGGCACACUUUGUUUCAAUUCAAAUAGCUCUGCUUAACUAUCUAUUGCUGGAUUAAUUAUUUUAUUGAUAUUAAAUGGUUAAAUGGCAAGAAGUAGAAAAUAAUGUAUGAACUUAAUCUUGCUUAUUUGAACUCACACUUAUCACUGUACUUGUAAGUCCAAACUUUUGAAAGCCUAGUGCACUUUUUAAAUAAUGUUUAAAAAUGAUUAUAUUAACUAACCUAUCUCCAAAUUGGAACAAACAUGGAAGCUUCUAUUUAUGUCAUUCCCAUCUAUUAGGUUAAUGGCUAUUUCUGUUCUUUAUCUGUUAACAUUUUUAUGUUGUAUAUUCUUUUAUUUCUUUUCCAACUGCUAUAGUCUGCAUUACUUUUUUUUUUGGCUGUUAUGUGUUAAGACAUGGACUUGCUGAGAUAGUGAAAUGUUUUCAUUCCUUUUUUAUUUGAGUAGAACCAGCUGUCAUGUCUGCUGAACUUUUUAUAAAAGAGCAAAACAAGACACUACUGUACAUACUUAAUAUUACAAAUUUUUAAAAAAUAAACAAUAACACUGCUUCUUAGUUAACGGUGAUUUAGCUAUUACGGGUCGCUAAACAGUGUUCUUUGUUUAAAUCCUUCAUUUUAUUAUUCCCCAUUUUUCUUUCGAUUUAUAAACUUUUGUGUUCAUCGUCCUUUACAGUCUUGCUUUAAUAAAAUAUUUUUUUUAUUAUAUUUGAUGCCACCACAAAAUAAGAAUCAGAUCUAACUGCUUUACGUCAUGUUUUGAAGAAAAAAGUUGUAAGAAAGAAAAAAAAAAUUGAUUUGUAAUUUUUGCCACAAUGUUCCUAUAUAAUUCAGUGUAAAAACAAUGAGAUUUAUUUAAUACUAUAAUCCUCUGGAAAGUUUAAGUCUUACAAAUCAAAGCACCGAACCUAAAAUAAUACUCCUAUUUUUAUUUAACAAUCACAUAGUGCUGAUCACAACUAGAAUCCAGAAAUACUAUAUGUACAUGUUUUUCAUACCAAUUUGCGAUAUUUCCUUACAGUUUGAAACAUACUUGCUAUUCUUACUCUCCAAAAAAUACAACUUGAGCAUAAUCAGUUUGUUGAUAAAUAUAUGUCUUGUAUAGCUUCAUUUUAUCAUUGCCUUUUAAAUAUUUUAAUGUCUUUCAGAUAAAUUUGUGAAAAUCUUACUUGAGCCUUUUAUUUCAGUUCAUUAUCUGAGAUCUUUUUAUCAAAAGAAGAAUUGGGCUGGUUUUUUUGUUGUUUUUUUUUUUUGUUUUUUUUUCAGAGGCAGAAAAUAGCUUUGGGUAAUAAUUUUUUUACAGUGAGGUAACAGCGCUCUAAAAUAAUUUGAACAAAUUUAUGUUUCAUUUGCAUCUGAAUUAUAAAUUGACUUUGAAGGGGAAGUUUCAUGGUGCCUGUUCUUUCAAAGCAGCUGCAUUUUUUUGUACAGAAUACGUGAUGUUAUCAAUUGUGUAAAGAUGUGGAGCAACACACUAUGUGCACUUAUAUAUACUUGGUGGUAGAAAUCUGGUCAAUAGCUGUUUUCAAAUAUGUGUCAAUUAUUAUUUGUAUUUUAAAUAGCUCACCAGUUACUUCUGGGUGUGUGUUUUAAUAAAUGAAUCUGACCUGUGAGAAAGAUAUUUUGAAAUUUUGUUCCAGCAAAGAACAACAUAUUAAUAUUAUAUUUUCAAAAGUUAUGUUUUAUUUUUUUUUUACAAUUAACUUAAAACAGAAUAGUUUAUAAAAUCAUUUUUAAGAUAAAAAUUAUUUUAAACUUCUAAAUCAAAGAAACAUAAAAUCAACAAAAAUUGUUUUUUUUAAAAAGGGAACUCUUCUGCCUAUUACAAUUUAAGAUGUUGCUAGUGCCAGGAAAACCCGAUGACUUGAGAAAGUGAAUAAAAAAUCGUAACCUAACAUAAAGAAGAAUUGGCUGAAAUUUUGAGUCGUUAUGGUUGAAAAAUUAACUGAAUUUUAAUAUUGAACUAAAAAUGUGUUUCUCAAACAAACAUUUGGUGCUUUUCAUGUGUAGAGUUGUUGGUUUUUGUUGUUUUCUUUUACAAAUGAACACACUAUCAAUCUUUCCUUAUUAGCAUGUAACUGUUAUAUUAAUUCAUGUAAAUGUCUCUUAUGUGAAGAUUUUAAAAUUUUGCUAAAGGUUGCUAGUCAUAUGUUUUGAUAUUUUAUCAUGUCAUUGAAUGUCUGUACAACCUAGCUAAAUUUUAUUUCUUUACAAAAAACUUACAGUUUUAUAUGUUGUUAGUCAUCCAAGACCAGUAUUUUCAUCAAAUUUUUCAUUACUAAAACAAAAACACUACUUAAAUAUGGUGCUACUAAAAAAAUAUCAUGAAGUACACAGCUGUGUUUGACUCACUAUUCAUUAUUUACAAUGAAAUCAAAUGUUAUCAUCAAAGCCCAAAAGAAUUAAUUUAAAUGUUUUAUUUGAUUAUAUUUUUUUAAAUAAGUAGGAUAUGAUGUCAUUUCUUUAAAGAUCAUAUGGGAAAACAAUUCAUUAAAAUACAGAGUUGAUAAAUAAAUGUUAUGUGUCUCAUUAAUUUUUUUAGAGACGUAGCAUAAUGUGUAGCUCAAUGCCUCCUAUUUGAAGUGUUUUAUCAAUGUAUCAGUUUUUGUUGACUGCAUACUGUGUAGCUCAAUGCCUCCUAUUUGAAGUGUUUUAUCAAUAUUUCAGUUUUUGUUGACAUUUCCCACUUAAAGUUGUUGUGGCAUUAGCCUCAGUGUUGUACCCUGGGAUAAAAUACUCUCAAUCAAAUGCUCUACUUAAAUAAGCCCUGGGCAAAUUUGCUUCAUUCAUGCAAAUAAGUUUUCAUAAUUUUUUUUUUUUCCACCAUCUGAGAUGAAAUUGUAGAAAACAAAAGAAUAUGGAGAGUUCAUUCAAUGCUUUGUAAAUCAGAGGGAGAUUUGAGUAUUUUAAAACUGAUUAUGCUUGAAGACAAGCUGUUCCCUAAACAGAUAGACUGAAAUGAAAGCCUGGGAGACCAUAUUUUUUUAUUUUUUUUGUAAUGCAUCUUCAAUGGGGAUAUAUUUUGUCAAAAUAGUUCUUUGAAUAUCUGUUUUUAUUGAGAAGGAGGAUCUUUUUUUAAUCUGUCAACACUCAGCCACUGGCCCAUUACAUCAAGUCAAGGGGUUGAAAGGUUUUGUGUCAUCUGUUACAACCUUAAGCAGUAUCACUAACACUUCACGCUGACCAUUUGUUAUACAUAUAGAGAAUAGAGGUCGUGUAAGAUUCAAAAUUCCUGUAAAGAUCACAUUCAGAAAUCCUCAUUUUUUUACAAGUUCAAUCACCAUGAGAGAACAGACUAACCUAGGGGUGGGCCAACUACGGCCCGGCAACUGAUAUUAUGCGGCCCUCGAAAGCAUUUAGAGAUAAAAAAGAUUACUUUGUCUUUAAAUUAUUUUUUUGAAUUUUAAGGAAUUUAAGUACUGUUAUGAUUGUUUUAACAUUUUUUGAUCAAAUUUAUUUCUAAUUUUCGAUUUUUUUAACAGUCUUUGAAUUUUGUCUUGUAAUGCUAAAAUGCUAAUUUACCGAUUUUAAAAUAGAGAAAUGUUUAUCGACGUGUAAAAAUUGGACCUAAUAUACAUGCGGCCCCCCCAAUAGCUUUACAUUUGUCAAUGUGGCCCUCCGCACAAAAGUUUGCCCACCCCUGGACUAGCCUUUAAACUGUUGGCUGUGUUCAGCUUCUGUAUCACUAGCAACAUGAUGCCUGUGGCCAUAGGUUGGGGACUAUUGUUUUAGAGAUUGGGGAUUUAUAACCAACGAAUCAAAGGUACUACUACUAUUGAAUGCCUUUCUUGUCUUAAAUAUCACAAUAAUAGUUUUGUCUUCAUGAGACUGUUGUUUAAAAGUAAAUGUAAGAGCCACCCUUGAAUUGUUUAUCUUAUUGUCAUGUGUAGAUGUCAUUUCAUGUUAAAAUCGAUGCAAUUAAAAAAAAAAAUUCACACACUAUUUCUUUCUCUGUUGAUUAACUUGUUUAUAUAAACAUUACAGCUGGCUC